AAAAGCGUAUAUCGCCUGUGGCAUGAUUGAGGAAAUGAAGAUCGCCAAGGCUGCCGCCAAAAAAUCUAUAUAUUAUACCGACAAUAAAAGCAAUGGCCAACAGGUGAUCGUGUUUAGUUGGUGGCUAGUCUAAAAGUUGAUUAAUUCAGGUACAAAAAUCUAGAGAGGCAAACAGUGGAGCUCCAAGACUCUGCAAUGAAUUUUGAAACCACCUCCAUUCAUGGCUUUUAUGAAGGUCGAUCAGUAUUUAUUACUGGUGCAACAGGAUUUAUCGGAAAGGUAAUGGUAGAAAAACUUCUCAGAUCAUGUCCUGGAAUAAAAAAUAUAUUCAUUCUUAUGAGAGAAAAAAAAGGUAAGGAUGCAAGACAGCGUCUGGAAGAGCUCCUCAGCUGUAGGGUAUUCGAUCGGCUGAGGAAAGAAAAACCAGAAUCUUUAAACAAAGUAGUUAGUAUCACAGGUGACUUAUCCUUACCAUACUUAGGAGUAUCAGCGAAUGAUAUAGAAAUCAUGUCUAAGUCUGUAUCAGUUGUAUUCCAUUCUGCAGCUACAGUAAGGUUCGAUGAACCAAUGAAACAAGCUGUAGACAUGAACGUCAUAGCUACCAGAAGAAUGCUUGAACUAUGCCAUAAACUACCAAAUAUUGCAGCUGUGAUCCACGUUUCUACUGCCUACGCUAAUUGCGACAGAAAAGAAAUCGAUGAAAUUGUUUAUCCUCCACCGAUGCCACCAAAACAAGUCAUUGAUGCUACAGAAUGGAUGGAGCCUGCUUUACUAGACUCGAUUACACCGAAGUUGAUUGGAAAUAGACCAAAUACCUACACAUUUACCAAAGCAUUAGCUGAAAAUUUACUCGUAGACGAAUGUGGUUCACUACCAGUAGCAAUUGUAAGACCAUCCAUAGUUUCUGCAGCGUGGAAAGAACCGUAUCCGGGAUGGAUUGACAACUUAAAUGGUCCAUCGGGUAUGAUAAUUGCAGGUGGCAAGGGUGUACUGAGAACUAUGAUAAUUUAUGGAGAAGCUGUCGCUGAUAUAGUUCCGGUUGACGUUGUGGUAAAUACGCUUAUUUCCGUCGCUUGGUACACAGCCAUGCACAGGCCUAACAGUAUUUUGGUUUACAACUGCACAUCUUCUGGAUUAAAUCGUUUGACUUGGGAUGAUAUAAUGCUUUCAACAUACCCUCAGCUUCUAAAAUAUCCUAGUGCCGAACUUUUCCGCUAUCCUUAUGGAAGUUUCAGAAGAAGUCAAUUCGUGAAUUCCAUAUGUAUAGCUUUCCAGCACUAUUUACCAGCUUUAUUUGUUGACUUUAUGGCAUACAUAUUUUUCCAAAAACCUGGGAUGAUGCGCGUGUAUCAAAAGGUCCAUAAAGCUACUAGUUGUUUAGAGUUCUUCACAACUAGAGACUGGAAGUUUUCCUGUAACAACAUGGUAAUGCUAAAUGAUGCAAUGUCACAGGAAGACAAAGAGAAUUUCUUUGUUGACAUACGCACUUUGGAUUGGCCUUACUUCUGGGAAAAUCACGUUCUGGGCUGUCGAAAAUUCAUACUAAAAGAAGAUCCAUCUACUAUUCCAUCAGCAAGAAAGAAUUUACGAAGGCGAUAUUUCAUUUCUCAGUUAACACACCUCGUUGUUGCUCUUGGCGUUUGGAAAGUAUUUUUCUCAGGUUUCCUAUCAUUGGGUAAUAUAUGGUGUGCCCUGACAGCCCUGAUUCUAAAGUUUCAAAGUUUGAUGCAAGAAUAAUUGCCUCAUAAUGUUGAGUUUCAUUUAUUACAAAGUGUCUCAAAUCUGUUUAAACUUCGUGAGAAAUUGCUAGAUUUGAAUCCUCAUUUAAUGGUGGAAUGACACUUUUCGAAUUAUUUGAUAAAUUACAGCGAUUCAUUGUCGCUUAAGGAUAACUUUCAAGCUCAUUUUACUUGCUUUUAUUUGUAUCUGCAAACUUGUAUUUUAAAUUCGUUAAAAGUCCAUCAGAUUUUAAAAAUCAUAUAUUUAAAAAAUGUCGCUGAUUUUAAUGUUUUUAAAUAUAUUAUAUUUUAAACAUUUUAAUAUUAUGUAUUAUGUGCUUCUUUUAAUAUCAUUCCUGUUUUCUGAAGAAUCGCAGCCGGAAACAAAUGUAAAUGUCUAGUUCCUAAAUGAUUUCCCAAGCUGCACUUCUGUCAUAUUUUAUACAUAUUUUUCUUCCAAAAUUUUUAAAAACAGCUUUAUAAAAGCUAAUAUUAAAUUUGUCGAACAAAAUAUGCUCUUUAGAAACAGCGAAAUGUUUAUAUUUAUUUGCAGUGAAGAGUGUACUUUAAAUAAAAGUUGUUAUUUUUA